AAGAGCAUGGCGUUCUUCAAAGUGACGGCUCUCCUGGCAGCAGCAGUGGCUUUAAUUGGACUCGCUACUGCGGUGGACUAUUGUGCCUUGCCCACCUGCCUGGACAAACACAUUGCAUGCAACAAUAAAGGGAACUAUAGUACCGAUUGUCCUAAAGAUGUGCGAGAGAUAAAAAUGGAUCCCCAGCAUAAGCUUAUCCUGACUCUUUUCAACGAAUUACGCAACAAUGUGGCCGGCGGCAACGUUGAAGGCUUACCUAAAGCCGUUCGCAUGGCCAAAAUGUCCUGGUGUGAGGAACUCUCCCACUUGGCUCUCUACAAUGUGAAGACCUGCCUCUCCAUACCUGACAAGUGCCGCAGCACCGAGCGCUUCGCGUACGCGGGACAGAAUAAUGCUAUCUUCAGCUACAGUGGCGCGGAAUCCGAAUACACCGAUGCCGAGAUCAUUAAGGAACAAAUUGAAAACUGGUUCGCCGAACGGUCCAACGCCUCGCCUGAAAUCUUGUCCAACUUCCCAGAGGAACUGCCCAAUAAAAAGGUAGCCAAAUUCACCAUUGCCGUGGCCGAGAAGAACACCCAUGUGGGCUGCGCCGCUGUUCGAUUCUCUCGCGACUUCUAUAACCACUUCGUGUUGACUUGCAACUUUGCCACAACUAACAUUAUCGGCCAACCCGUGUACACUCCCGGCGAGAAGGCAACCAGUGGCUGCAAGAAUCGCUAUGGCGCCGCCUUCGACUACCCCAACUUGUGCUACGCCAAGGAGAUCUACGACAAUGAGAAGAUAGUUGCCGAUAUUAAGGUUUACUGAAACUGAAGAAUGCCCACAAAAUCUGACCCAUUCAAACUGAUUAAAAGAACAUAUCAUGCAUACUUUUCACCCGCUAGCAUAUAAAUACGAUGAAAAGGAAAAGCAAUUCACCAAAUAAAAUGCCUAAGGAAACAUUUAUUUCAAA